AUGCAUAACUUCCAGAUUAAAUCCACAGUAUCUCUUGUUAAAGGACUCAGCCCAGAUACAUUCAGAAUAUUUAACCUUCAAGUCCCAGAAAGAAAUAAUAUUCUAGACAAGAUUGAAUGUACACCAAAGAAAGAAGAAAGAUACUUAUUAGAAUGGCGCAAUAAUCCUCAACCACAACAUGCAAAGCUACUUAGAAUGCAUACCAAGUUUAUAAAUGAGCCAGUAUUAUAUAUGGAAACAGAGGAUACAAAAACAAAACAGUCUCAUUGGUGGCCGACCUUUGAACCCACUGUACAGCGCCCUAAACCACCUUAUGACAAGCAGAGCACUCACCGGAAUGAUUUCCAGAAGCCAAACUGUAUUUUGUCUCGGCCUCUUAAACAUCCCUCUAAGUUACAACCUUCAAAAGGAAUAGUUCCACUUGCAUCUCCUCAACUGCCGAGUCGCCUUCCGAGAAUUUUCCAAGAGCAGCUCACUUUCAAAUGUAACUAUGAUGCCAGAGCAACUCCCUGCAUCCCCUAUCAGGGAAAGAAACAGGGCACAAUUAUUUUGACAGAGAAAAAAACAGACAAGAUAAUGCCUUCUAUACAAGGGCCAGACUUACUGGAGGACCUCAAAUCAGAAAAAGGAACUCCAGUACAAAAUGGUAUAACCUCAGUCCACGUUGAUUCAUUUGAUGCCCAGAAGACAUCACCUCAUUCUGAUGCAGACUUAUCAAAACCAGCAAUUAAUUUGGAAACCAAGGAUGACCCCAGAACUCCAGAAAUGGACCAGGAGAGUCCGGAGCUUCCUCAAACUGACAAAGUGAAUGAUACUUUUAGCUCUGCGGAAACAAAUUCCCUUAGUAAACCACAGAACCUGUUACCUCCUCUUUGUGAAGCUGCACCACCAAUACCUGACACUCAAGUACUCUAG